CUCCCGUCCGUUGGGAUCUUCCUCCUGCUGUCCGUUCGGUUCAUCCGACUCUCCUUUUUUCUCACAGGUUGUGAUAGCCAGGUACCGCCAAGAUGUCGGAGAAGAAAAUGUCCUCGAGUCGAAAGCAUAACCUGAAGAGCUUGAUGCUCUCCAUUGCUAAAGGUUUGCUGCAAGCGGAGGCGGCUCAACAGGUAGAGGACAGAAAGAGGUACAUGGAGGAGCACUGCGUCCCUCUGUCCAUGCCUUCAUCUAUGCAGGAUUUGCAGGAACUGUGCAAGAAACUGCACGGGAAAAUCGAUAACCUUGAAGAGGAGAGAUACGACUUAGAAAACAAGGUGACCAAGACCGACAAGGAGAUUGAAGACCUGAAGAUCAAAGUGCAAGACCUGAAGGGCAAGUUCAAGAAGCCGGCCCUGAGGAGGGUGCGCAUGUCUGCCGACGCCAUGCUCAAGGCCCUGCUGGGCUCCAAGCACAAGGUCAACAUGGACCUGAGAGCCAACCUGAAGCAAGUGAAGAAGGAAGUGAAAGAGGAGGAUAAGGAAGCAGUUGGUGAUUGGCGUAAGAACAUUGAGGACAAGGCUGGCAUGGGCGGCAGGAAGAAGAUGUUUGAGGGAGGAGAGGGUUAGAUUCAUUCUGAUGCUGGAUUCAUAGUCUUGAAAUGCUCAUGCCAGCCGAAUGACACUGUAUUUGGACUCUCUCUUCAUUCAUACUCUUAUGUGCACAUGAUUAUCUUUUUUAAAUUAUUGAAUUUUGAAGUCAAAGUACAGAGAUUUGUUUUAUUUUUCUGUACUGAAAAAUGUUACCAGGUAAAUGUUACUCAGAAAUACAAAUCAAGGCUGAUGUUUUCAAGGCUUCACUGUUACUAAAUAAAUAAUUUAAAAAGGAA